GCCACCUGCUGAUGGCGCCAUACCGGAGAAAGAGAAGCGUGAACGCGGCUGAGCUGCUGAGCUGCAGGAGUAGAGGGAUCCAUGACGCUGGGACUCUGAUGAGACACAGUAUGAAGGUCCUGAGAGGAAUCCUCCUCCAGGAAAAUAGGACUUUCAUUAAAGUUUGGAGCAAGACCUCAAAAUCCCAAAUAAUGUACGAGAAUGGUAAAAUAUACUUUGAAAACUACCAAAAGUGCUACAGUUGUGUUCAUGCUGAGCCUCAAAGUUUGUACAAAUUACCUCAGAGGUCCAAACAAGAGAAAAUUGAAGAUGCCUUGCUGUGUCAGAGUUCACUUGACAAAACAUUACCUUGUCCCUCUGAUCAUAAAUCCAGCCUUUUGGCUUUGACGGCCAACAACUGGCUAUAUCGCCUUUCAGCUGAAACAGGAAAAGAGCUGCAGAGGGUUUACCUGUCUCCAGACUAUAAGUUCAGAUAUCUUGGCUGGGAUGUUUCUCAAGAGAUAUUUUAUGUCAAAUCUGUUCAAAAGAAAGAAACACCCUUAGCUAGACAGGCAGGUAUCAUUCAGAACACAGUGAUGCACCUGGCCAUUUUUAAUGUUUUCCCCUUGGAAAUUGUGGGCAUUUUGGAGAUCAACAAAAAGGCAUUUGGAAACGGUGUUACUGAUGUUGUGCUGUCUCAAGGUGUCCUUGCAGUGUCUUACAGCAACAAGUCAGUGAAGCUGUACAGCUUUGAGCACAUUGUCCAAAAGUACUUGACAGAGAAGUUAACACUUGGAAAGCAGAGUGCACUACUUGGAAACAAAACAGUGGGAGACGCUCCAUUUGGUAUUCCACUAAAUAUUCAGAUCACAGAUUGCCUUCCGGUGCUUUUCGAGGUGUCAUGCUCUAACAACGGGGUGCAGAUUGGAGGCUACCCCUGGCACUACAUCUACACACCACCACAUAAACGUCACAAAGGGACUCACCACAUCUGUUCACUCAAGGACAGCACUAUGGCAACAGAUGGAAUACAGAACAUGAACUGCUGCUCUCUUGAAAGUGACAGGAUUUUCUUCCACCCUGAUGACUCAGGAAGAAUCAUCCAUGUUGGACCUACCACUAUAAAUGUUCUAAAAAUCCUUGGUGAACUGAACAGUGCUUUGCCAGCAAAGGUAGUCAAGGAUUUCUCAAUGUCAACCCAGCGAAAUGAACCCACAGCACAAGUCACUGUCACCUCAUCAGGCCGAACAGUGAAAAGGAGAUUUCAUCAGCUGGACGAUGACCCGUGUCAAGAGUCCUUCCGAAUGCUGGAAUACGAAGACGAGCUUGACCUUUUGGCCCUCGUGAUAACUGACGGCGAGGAGGGAGAAGGAAAAGCUCACAUCCGACUGCAUGACAACCAGAGCGGAGAGCUGCAGCGGAGGGUUGAUCUGGUCGAACCUUGGGAUGAGACUUAUCGACACGAGGUGUUCUUUGACAAAGACACAAUUGUUCAUAUUGAACAAAAGAACACCAGUUUCUGCUGCCAUGUUUACAAACUGAAGACCACCAGAAAAUAAGUGGUGCAUCAAUGAUCACUCGUAAGAUUGUUUCACUGUUUUUAUCGAAGUUGUACACUUUUUCUGUUUUACUGAUAAUUCUGUUUUUCACAUCCACAUCAUUGCAUGUUUUCAUGAUAUGCUCUUGAUUAUGUUCUUUGUUUUAUAUAAAUCACUGUAAGUCUUUGCACUUGCUGUCACACCUACAAACAUUUUUUGACUUUUUCUAAAAUUAAAUGUUCUAUUUUUCCAA